UUCCAUGUGUUUACUGGAACCUGAUAGCACCUGGCCGCGAUAAAUUCGCCCUGGCACCCCGUCUGCUAUGCCUCCCGGAAGACCCCUGACUGUUUCUGGCAGCGUGCAGGCCUUCCGUCUGCUGGGCCAACAUUGCGGGGCUGUGUAAACUGUUAAAACGCUACGUUUUAUGUACUCAUCUGCCGUUGUGGUUUAUGAAUUUUCGCAUAAUUGAGCUAUUCAUAAAUAAUAAGCCUCUUUAAAACCAUAUAGCAACGUAAAAGUUGUACUAGGUGAUAGCCACCCAAACAAAGAACGGUUCCAGACAUUCAGUUGUGAUGAUCACCCCUUGCUUCCAGGCCAAGUUUUGACAAGCUCAUCCCGUCUGCUGAUGGAGCAACUUCCAUUUGGUGAAAAUUAAACUCGGAACUGUUAACAUUAAUUUCUGUAAAUAACAUUCUGUCACUAUCUGGAAUCUUAAUGAGACCCCCCGAAUAACGAAAUUAAAUCAGAUCAAAACAAUUGUGUUUCCCGCCGUGACCUGUACAACGAGUUACAUUUGUUGCUCACCUUUUGUUCUGUUGAAGCGUAGCCUAAGGCGCUCGUGAUGGAGGCAGGGCGGGACCUUGUUCUACAUCACCUGGGGACUACAAGGAAGGUGAGUCGAUCUCUUCAUCUCAUGUGCGGAGCAUACACAACAUGGGAGUAGACGUGUACUCGCAACCAGGAGGAAAUCAGGAGAAAUGUUAACUCGGAACUGUAGGAUGAGCAAAAUGACUCGUUAUAAACUAACGAAGUUGUUGAUAAUAUUAUCUCUAGUUACUGGCGUAUUUCUAUUUCUGACCAUAUGGACGAAUACGCAGCUGAUUUACCAGCAAAUAACUUCGCUGCGUGACUCUUCCCAGCAAGCUCAGAAGCAAUACUAUCAAGCGGCACCCCAGAUGGGAUUUUUACUAGACACCCCCCACUGUAAGAUUCCAAACAUAGAUCCUUUUGACCCGUCCGUCAUGUCAAGAAUGAGUAGGCGUGGUGAAAUCUUGUGCGUCGGAAGACGCGCCAUCACUUACACUGAAGGGUCUAUUCUCAGGCUGAACAGAACUAGGAUAGAACAAGAGCUGAACGGAGACUUCAAAAGCUGUCACUAUCAACCCAUCCUAAGACCCAAGCCCAAUGAUUUCAAUUUCGCGUACGGUGAUCACAGUAAUAUGUUUGACCACGACAUACUGAUCCCGCCUAAAGAUGAGUUUAUCAGGGUAGCCUGCUUCAGUCAAAGCGAUGGAAAGCUGUCAACUCAAUACCACGCAACGGUGUCUCCCAAGGAUGAAGUGGAGAGAAGAUGCAGCUACAAAUUCAACCAGCACAAGAAAAAGUUCAAUCCAAAAGAAACGUACAACGUUCACAUGAUCGGCGUUGACUCGGUUUCGAGGCUCAACUUUAUCCGGCAGAUGCCGCAAACGAGGCACUUUUUGCACACGGAACUUCGGGCUUUUGAAAUGGCGGGCUACAACAAAGUAGCAGACAAUACAUUCGUCAACAUUGUGCCAAUGAUGAUGGGCAAGUUCGUCCAUGAAAUCGGUUGGAACGAAACGAUGAACAAGCACCCAUUCGACGAAUACGCCUUCUUCUGGAAAAACUUUUCUAAUGCGGGCUAUCGCACGCUGUACGCCGAAGACGCUCCCAAAAUUGCCAUUUUCGUCUACGCUAAAGAAGGAUUUCAUACACCGCCAGCCGACUACUACAAUCGGGCUUUGCAACUGGCCUUGGAAAAAGAUAAGAGUGUGUGGAAUAAGAACCACCACUGCGUCACUGACAAGCUGGAGACCACGAUGGUGCUCGACUACGUCACAGACUUUUCCCGCGUCUUCAAAAACAAGCCUCAUUUUGGAUUUACUUUCAUAACGAGGCUGACGCACGACAGCCUUAACCUAGCUGGCUCGGCGGACUACGCGUAUGUCAAAUUUUUGAAACAGUUUAAAAAGGAAGGUCAUUUCAAUAACACGGUUCUGAUAUUUUACAGUGAUCACGGCUACCGCUUUGGCAACAUGAGAACCUCGUACAUCGGGAAGGUUGAAGAGCGUUUGCCAUUUAUGUAUUUAGUUUUCCCGCCUUCCUUUCACGAGAAAUACCCAGAACUAGUAAAAAAUUUAAAACAAAAUACUUUUAGGCUAACCACGCCGUUUGACGUGUAUGAGACAUUGAAAGACAUUUUAUAUUUCGACGGACUAAAUAAAACAGCGAACGUUACUGACAGGGGGAUCAGCCUGCUGAGGGAAAUUCCGAAAGAGAGGACUUGUGAGAAUGCCAAGAUUCUCCCGCACUGGUGUUUGUGUUUGGAGCAGGCGAGCGUCGACCUCGGCGGAAGACUUGCCGGCGACAUCGCGCGGAGCGUUGUGAGUCUAAUCAACGACAUGCUGAGACCCGCCUCCCACCUGUGCGCCGAGCUCACGCUGGCGGAGAUUCUCGACAUAGUUCAGAUGAAGUCCAACGAGAAUGUCCUGAGGUUUCAGGACAGCUUCCACGACGUCAUCAACCAGACGGUAGUCUACGGGAACAGGACCGAGGCGCCUGUUGUUUACCAGGUGACUCUGAAAACGGCCCCAGGGGGCGCCGUCUUCGAGGUGACUGUAGCGUACGAUACGGUGUUUCACGCUUUUAAACUAGGCGGUGACGUCAGCAGGAUCAACGCUUACGAAGACCAAUCAGCGUGUAUUGAGAACUUCAAGCUUAAGAAAAUGUGCUACUGUGUCAAAAGGUGAAACGAAUUUAUUAUCCAAUAGUGAAUUUGUUAUUUGAAUACACAGUGACGUGAAGAAACUACGAACACAUCAUCAUAGGGUUAGGGUUUGGACCCCCCCCCCUCUAAUCAAAAGUUCUGGAUCCGCCAGUGAACAAAUGUAACCAUUCACUCUUCACUCUGGCAGAUUGCUUGGGAAGGGGAGGGGGGAAGAAAAGCUUCUGAUUAUUCAUUUAAAAAUAAUGUCUGAAAAACACUAUGCCAACUCUUUCGCUUGAAGGAUAUUCCAGGUGCCCUAACUGCAUAAUAAUUUUAUCACUUUGUUCAUACUUAAUAGUCUAGAAUAAUAUAAUAAUUACAAAUUAAGUCAAUCGACUUGGUUUUGGUUACGUUAAAAGUUAGCCCUAAUUACAGACUUGUCUACAUUCACGAUUAAUAACAUACACAAAGUAGUCUGUGAAGAAUGUAUCAAUGUAACAUACUUUAAAGUAUUGUUUAGUUUUGUCAAAAAAAAAAAACAUCAACAUGUGGACAAAGAGACCAAAUAUUCUUUUUUUUUUUAAAUGUCAUUGUGAGAGAUGCUUCAGUCAUCCGACAUUACAUUCCCACCAGCCAACUUCACUUCACAUAAAACCGAGAACAUUCUUUAUAGUAGACCUCAACACUUACCUCCAACGUCACAGUCUGUGGGCAGUUUAGACCAAUAGCUCGUUACCAAGUUGUGCAGAGCUGUGACGUGGCGUCGAGCUAUUGGUCUAAACUGCCGACGGGUUAUGACGUUGCAGGUCAGUGUUCAGGUCUUCUAUAUCGAUUGGUCUCGAUAAAAGCGAAUCUUGAUGGAUACAUUGUAACACCCGUGAAAAUUGUUCAGGACAGGAUUGUCUCUGUGUGCGUGCGUGUGUUUAUUGACAUUGUAUAAAGUGAAAUAGUGAGAGAGUGAAAGAUGUUGUGCGUGAAAUGUAUCGUUUUGUAUUAAUUCAAAGCUCUUUCAUUCAAUGUUAACAGACACUGAUUUUACUAACUUUAUUUAUGUGCAAACAAUGCCAUGUUAUUAGUGUGUCUAGCUAUGACCAGGAAAGAGAACAUACUAGUUGGCUAUGUAUUAUUAUUACUUUGUAAUGCACGUUUUCCAUACCCCUAUAGUAUGCUCAGUGAUAGUAAAUCUCUUUAGUAGAUAUUUGGUGGGGGUAGUUGAGUGGUUAAGCACUUGGCUUUCGAACCUGGGGUCCUGGGUUCGAAUCUCGGUGAAGACGGGGUUUUUGAACUUCAGCAUUUUUAGGGCGCCUGACUUUAGCUGAGGGAAAGUAAAGGCGGCUGUUCGUUGUGCCGACCGCAUGACACACUGUUCGUUAACCGUUGGUCAAAUAAAGAGAUGACCUAAACAUCUGGGAGAAGACGUCCUUGCUGCCUUUAAGCCCUCAACAAAUUUACAUAACUCGAGUUGGGGUCAAAAGUCAAAUAAAAAAUGUCCAAGUCUACAUCGGGAUUUAAACUGUCGCGUGUACCCUUAGUUUACAAAAGCGGUUUAUCCCACUCAGCCACACAAUGUGUUUAACAAGGGAAAUGAGUUUUUCUUUCGUUAAAAUGUUUACAUCUAAAUUUUUUACUUUCUUGGCCUCGCUUUACUAAACCGCUCACCUCGUCAUAUUUAGAAAAGCAAAGAUAAAACCAUAACACAGAGGCGUGGUAAUGGGGUACGAUGCCCCGGGCACCAUCCCCAGAGGGGCGCCACACGCAGAGAGGCGUCAAAAAUAUAAUUAUUGUAGAUAUUUUAGUUAGGUAAUAUAUUCUAAGGUUAUUUGUGUUAUAUUAUUAUUAAAUACUUUUUAUUUAUAGGCCUAAAUUUCUAUGUGAUGUUCAUGGGGGGGGGGGGGGGCGCCAAUAAUGUACCUUGCCCCGGGCACUCGUUUUGCUCACUACGCCUCUGCCAGAACAUAACAUUGUAACCUUUUCUUCUCAUUCGGUCUCUACAUUGGAACUGUUGUCUCUUCUUCUUGACCAAUAACGACCCCCAUUGGCAUCUGAAGGCAUCUACGAAUGUCACGGGGGUUAAAAGGGGAGGGGGUAUGGAUUAGAAUUUAAAAAAACAAAGUGCCUUGUCAUGUUUUCUUUGCAAUUAUUGUUGCAAAUUGAUUGGUUAGUUACUUGUUAUGAAUAAAAAAACGUUUGUAUAAUCA